AUUCCAGCAGGAAGAACAAUAUUAUUGAAGAACUUUAAUGUUUUGAGGUAUAAUGAUGAAACAAAGAAGCAAGAUAGUUUUCCUGUUGCUGUGUAUGUGAACCUAGACACAGGAGAUGACAUGAAAGUUUUUAACACAAAGCUUCAAACGGUAGUGAGAGAACAACUGACUGCGGAAGGACAUCCAUUACCUUCAGAAGUUACCAUAGCAUAUAAUUUUGAAACAAACUCAAUAGAUUUUAAAGUCAUCUCUGCAAAGAAGUCAGGUUUUACAUUUAAUGAAGCAGAUGUAUAUUCGAAUGAAAACUUCAAAGCUAUUGCAUGGUUAGAUAAUGACGAUUGCUUUAAGAAAAUAUUUAAAUUCAGUGACUCAACGAUGUCAAUAGAUGACCUUCGUGGAAUGUUACCAUCGACGUUUACAGUAGAAGGUUCAGCAGGAUUGCUUACAAGAUUGUCAAUUGGUGGUAUUUGGUCUCGUGAGAACAUUGUUAUAAAAUCCAGUAUAAGUGAAUUUGCUGAAGAAUCUAUAUUAUGUCUUUCAAACUACAUGUAUUCGCCGCCGAAGCAUUAUAGUAUAACAAACUUUGUCAGUAAGUUUAACAUAAGACUUGUCGAACCUUCUUCAAUGAAAGAUGUUGUGCUACCUAAAGAUGGAAAGGAUGGACUCAUUAUUGAGAUGAUUUUAAUAGCAUAUUAA